UUGCCCACCGAGAUCUGCGGACGCAUCAUCGACCAUGUAGCUGCGGGCCUGGAUAUCGCCUAUCGACUGGACAGUGGGAAUCCACACCUAUUAGCUCUUCGAUCGUGCGCACUGGUAUGCAGGGACUGGUACUAUCACACGUGGUACCAUCUCCGCCAGCGCGUUCACCUCCGUGACCGGGACGACGUCCGUACACUUUUCAGGACACUCCGCGACAGACCACGCCUCCGCAGUGUCGUCCAACAGGUCGUCAUCUCGGGUCAUGCAUCUGGGCAGCGAUCUAUGGUUCAGCACCUUCAAUCGUUUACCGCCAUGCUUGCCGGGAAGCUCCCGGCGUUGCAAAGAAUCGUCAUUAAAGAUGCACAAUGGACCGUUGGCUCAAUGUGGAUGGAAGGUUUUGGAUAUCUCGCCACAUUCAACCUCGUCCGCCACUUAGAGAUCACUAAUAUCGUCGCGCCGAGCAUCGCCCAGCUGGCCCACCUCAUCUCAGCACUCCCUGGACUGACACAUCUAUGGUUGUCCGGUGUUGCCUGC